AUGCAGGGAAUGAUGCAAAAAAUGAUGCAAGGAAUAUCUGAAACUUAUAAGGAUUAUAUGAAUCACAAAAUUUCAUAUUACUCUGAAGACUAUAUUGAUUUUGCUUUAUCCUCUAAUAUGUGGAUUAUUAAUAAUUUUCCUGUAACCAGAUGCAGUAUGUUUGAAAGUAAUGACUUUGAAAAAGAAUCCAAUUUCUUGCCUGCAAUUGAAAAUAUCAAAGACAAUAUAUAUGAAGACAGUGAUUUAGAAAAUGAGCUUGAAGAAUAUGAAUGUGAUAAUUUAGAUGAUGAGCUUGAGAAUAGUUCUCUAAAAGAAAUAAAUACUGAGCAGACCUUCAUGUCUUUUGAGAUGCUUGAGCAAUAUCUGAAACGUUAUUCUACCUGA